GAACUCCAAAACCCUGCUAGUGUUGUUCCGUUGAGAUAAACAUAAACCUGAGUGAGUGAGGCUAAGGGAGAAAGCUAGAACUAAAAAUGUCAUCAGCUUCUAAGCUCACACUGUACGGAAUCGGAACCGCACUGUUCCGCACCCGUCGAACUGCACCUGUAAGUGUAACUCCCUUUCUCUUCUUCAAACCCAUUCCCUUACCUCGGCCGCCGCGCUUCCUCCUCCUCCGCGAUUCCUCUUCCUCCUCCGCCGCCGCCGCAGAAAUCCUACCCUCCGUUGACCACCCCUGGCCGGAAUGGGUCUCCUUCGUCGACCGCUUGAGCACCAAAGGCUACCUCCCCAAACCCUCCUCUUCUUCCGAUGACACCGUAAGCCUUUACACCAACAUGAACUCUCUCAAGGACGCUUGUCUCAGCUUCUCGCGUGACCGUUACGACCUUUUCAAGUUGCUGCCUACGCACGAUAUCCAAGCAGUAGUUGACGGUGGGUGCCCUAAUCUUCUCCGUAAAGCUGUUAAUUCGGCCAAGAGACUGAGAGCACACCUGCAAUUAGAUGAAGGGGAUGUUUGUGGUGCUUGCAAUCUACGAAGCUCUUGUGAUAGAGCUUAUGUGAUUCUAAAGGAUUUUGAAACUGAUGCUCGAACUAUUGAUAUAGUUCGAAUACUUUUGUUCUACGCACUAGAUCCACUAGUGCUUUCUAGUGGAGACAAACCACCAGGCCGAGAAGUUAUUGAAUCAUCCGCCAGAAAACUUCUCUCUCAGCUAAUUGAGUUGAGUGAGUCCCCUGCUCCAGCCCCUGCUUCUGCUCGUUCAAAGCCUACUGCACAGGAUGCUGUGGGAGAAGGCCAAUCUCUAAGUGUUACGACUAAUCAAUUGUUUAAAGAUGCUGAGAUGAAGAAAGGUGACUGGAUGUGUCCAAAGUGAGUUAUUUUCGCUCAUGGAAUCAUAUUCUCUGUGUGUGUAGUAAGUAGUAACUUCUGCACGUGAAUUCGUGAAAUUUCAGUUUUUGCAUUUUCACAUAAAAUUUGAAAGGGAUUGUUAAAGCAGAAGUAAAAUUUCUCCAUCCACCUGGCAUUUUACUUCCAAAAUCAAGCAAGUGAUCUGUCAAUGUCAUCUAUUGAUUCUCUGCAACUUUUACUAGGUUAAUAGCAACCAGAUAUUAUAGAUUUAAAGUAUCUUAAAACAUGCAGUAAGAAUUAUACCCGCCAUCGAGGGAGGUCACAAUUUUGGUCUUGGCUGUAACAAAUAUUUUGAUUGCAUAUGAAUUAAUUCUCCAAUUAAUGGUGCUGAGUGCUUCUUAACUUAAUUAGAGAUACUUUAAAGUUAUUUGAUUGCAUAUGAAUUUGUGUUUUAAUUUAAUCAUGUACAGAUCUAAAAGCAAAUUUACAGAGAUUGAAUCUUGUGAAUGUUAUAGCUUUA